CCGAGUUGCGGUUCUCCUCCGGACCUGUACCAGGAUUUAUUUAUUUCAUAUGAAACUUCACUAAAAGCUGAAGUGCUUCUCCCAUGGUGUCCCCGGGAGACCUCCCCAGCAUUCACUCGACUUUACGGAAACUAUCGGCGACCGUUUUGGGGUCUUGAAAAGCAUGGAAACGUGGUUUUUGAAUCACGUCCUCGGGCUGUCUCUGUCGGUCCUCCUGUUGGGUCUGCCGGGGGCCCUCGGGACAGGGACCCCCAGUAACAACAGCUCGGAUCCCGAAACGGCAGGAUUUUAUUCUUCAACCGCCACAGAUGAACCCAGUAACAUGGAAAACAAUGCAACUUCAACUUCAUACUCCAGCGAGAGUUUAUCACCAUCACAGAAGAACCUCCUGCUCACACGCUCCGCGGAGACACACACUGCUACUGUGGGAAGCUUCGACACUGAGCAGACACAAACCUUCACAGAAAAAAGCAAUGGAUCACUAGAGACUACCAGUCUGUCUACUGAGCCGCUCACAUCCACCCUUGUUGUAGCCACCACCGAGGCCAGUAGCAGCAGCAGCAGCAGCAUCAGUAGCAGCAGCAGCAUCAGCAGCAGCAGCAGCAGCAGCAUCAGCAGCAGCAGCAGCAGCAUCAGUAGCAGCAGCAGCAGCAGCAGCAGCGGCAUCAGCAGCAUCAACAGCAGCAGCGGCAGCAGCGGCAGCAGCGGCAGCAGCGGCAGCAGCGGCAGCAGCGGCAGCAGCAGCACUAGCAGCAUAAGCAGCAGCAGCAGCAGCAGCAGCAGCAGCAGCAGCAGCAGCGGCGGCAGCAGCAGCACUAGCAGCGUAAGCAGCAGCAGCAGGGACUGGAAGGAAUUUGUUAACACAGACCAGGUGCCAGAUGUCUCCCAUCCUGUGUCCUGGGAGGCCAGGUCCUGGAUGUUGACAGAGGACGCGAGGCUUCCCCAGGACAGUCCAGACAGCACUCUGUGGCUGGGAGACGCCACAGCCUUGGCGUCGCAGACAGACGUUCACACCGACAGCACCUACACUUCCACCACCAUCAGCCGAGCCGGGGAGAGGACCCUGCUAUCUGUCACCUCCUCCUCAAGCAACAGCACCUCCUCUGCAUUUACAGAGGAAUCCAACUCUCAUCAGCCCCCCUCCACCUGGGGUAUCCCUGCUAGGGCUACAGGGACUGAGGACUACACCCACAGUGCUCCAUCAACAAGGACUGACAGCAGGGACACAACAGACCAGCACAUGACCAACUCCUUCAAGGGGAUGUUUCCAGAGACUGGGAGCCCGGGGGGGUCCACAGGAACCCAGAGUUUAACUGGACCACCUAAUGCCACGCAGUAUCAACAUACCUCAGCGUCUGAGGAGACCUCUGACUCGACACCACCUCUCAGAGUGACGGAGCUCAGCACUGAACAAUCUGAAGUGUUGGUUUCUUCCACACCUCCUGUCACCUCAGCUGCAAGAGGUACUACCAACAUCUCAGGGACAGACCUGGACGCAGUUUCCGAUGUUGGAACCUCCACCGAGUCUUCCACUGCAGGCCACAGCUCCAGCACUCAGAACCAAGAGGGCACCGAGGGGCUGUCAUCCCAGACCAGAGAGGAAAGCACAGACUUGGGUCUGACCACAGCGCCCCCUACAGUCAGUAGCAAUACAUCUGAAAUGGACAACUUUCUGACAGACACUCCAGUGCUGGUCACUGAGCUCUUCCUCACCACCACACCUGUUCCUGUUACAGAAAGCUCACAGAUAACUGAGAAAGAAACUUUCAAAGCCACUGCCUCCACCACCACCACCCCCACCACCACCACCCCCACCACCACCACCACCACCACCACCCCCACCACCACCCCCACCACCACAACCACCCCUCCUCCACCCGUAACCUGGUCCUCCAGGUUCAGCAGCACCACCACCAGCAGCUCGACUUCAGAGUUACAUACCGAGGCCACCUUCCCAUACACUACACCCUCCACCACAGCCUCCACUCCGGCCCUGCAGACCUCUACAGUGCACCCAACUCACCAUGUGUCACCAAGCCAAACCCAGGGCCCCUCAACCAGAAUUGCCAACCCCACAACCCUUCAGACAGAAACAAGCACUGGCUCUGUGGGAGUUUCCACAUCUCCUAGCCGGUACAUCACCACCACCGACACCCACAGCACCCCGACCAGGAGUACAGAAGUUCUGCACACCACCGGGAAACAGACAGACAGGGGAACCACAGAGCUUGUAGUAACAACAUCACCCACUGACAUCCAGCCCACUAAAGCAUCACCACCACCACCAAUUAUUGAUGAAUGUAUGAGGGACCCCUGCCCACCUUGCUCCAGGUGCGUGAACACACGAGGCUCCUUCAGCUGUGAAUGCCCGCUCGGCUACGACCUCGAGGAGGGACGCAACUGCACCAGAGCAAAGACAUUUCUGGGAAUUUUCAGUGUUAACAGACCGCCACAUGACCCUGUUACCUUCAAGAGCACCACCACGCAUGAGAUCCAGAGAGAGAUUAUUCAGCUGCUCAAUGCCUCAUUGUCAGUCCUUCAAGGUUACAGCCGCUCAACUCUGAGUAAGAAAGAUGAGGACGGGUUGCGUAUCUUAGUUAUCAACAUGUUUUCCAUCUCCAGUGAUGUGACGAGUGCAGAAGUCUACAACAGCAUCAAGAUGUCCCUCAGCAACUGCAGCUCCUCGGUGGCCCACUGCCGAAUGGUCCUGCACCACCAGCUCACUUAUCGCGGGGAGAGUCUGUGUGUGGCUAAGAAGACUCAGUGUGAUACAGAGCGCUCCACCUGCACAGACAGCAGUGGCACAGCCUACUGCCAGUGUCUUCAAGGAUACUACAAACACAAUCCUGAAGACUUGUCCUGCCUAGAAUGUGGGGAUGGCUACAAGCUGGAAAAUGGCACCUGUGUUCCGUGUAUGUUUGGUUUUGGAGGAUUCAACUGUGCAAAUUUUUACAAGCUGAUUGCAGUCGUGGUUGCACCUGCAGGGGGCGCCCUGCUCCUCAUCCUCAUCAUCGCUCUCAUUGUCACCUGCUGCAAGAAAGAUAAGAAUGACAUCAACAAGAUCAUCUUCAAGAGUGGAGACCUGCAGAUGUCCCCUUAUGCAGACUUCCCAAAAAAUAACCGAAUAUCCAUGGAGUGGGGCAGAGAGACCAUAGAGAUGCAAGAGAACGGCAGCACCAAGAACCUGCUGCAGAUGACUGACAUUUACUACUCUCCUGCGUUACGUAACUCAGACCUAGACAGAAAUGGUCUGUAUCCAUUCACAGGUCUGCCGGGCUCUCGCCACUCAUGCAUUUACCCUGCCCAGUGGAACCCCUCCUUCAUUAGUGACGAUUCACGAAGACGAGACUACUUCUAACUGCCCCACCUUGAACACACAUGUGCGCACGCACACACACACACACACACACACACACACACACCACACACACACACACAGACACACACACCCACACACACACACACACACACACACACACACACACACACACACACACAUACUGAAACUUACCAUCACUUAUACCGACAAUUGUGAUGUGUCAUGAUGGUUUACAGUCACAGUGACAAUGCUAAUGUGUGAGCCUCACUGUCUUUGAAAAACCCAUUUGAACAUAUACAUUCAGGGCUUCACAAUAAUGAUGUAAAUUUUUGUGUAUUCCUGUGUGCGUGUGUCUAUGCGGGUCUGCAUUUUAUGUAAGUACACAUUUUUGCAAGUAAAAUGUGUACUUGUGUGACUAUUUCAAUACUUUUGCAUAAUAUACUUCACUUACUUCAACUCACAUGUACUUUACAUUGCCACUGUGGUGUUAAAGAUUGUGUAAUGUGUUUUUCCUGCCUUCCAGGCAGCCACUGAUUCUCAUUUGCUUCACUGUAUGAUGAAAAACCAUUUGCAGACACUUGAAACGUGCUUAAGGUUGGUCAUUCAUUACAGUAAAUAUGCCUACACACAGUGCAGAUUACCUUGAAAAAAAACUGCAUUGCAUUAAUGCUUAAUGAUAGAUAAAAGCAGAAAAGAUUGUGUUCACCCACUGUGCUCACAGAAAUGAAUGUGACAUACUGGCUGCCUGGAAUGUGUGAAAACACAUUUGGAUACAAAAAAAAACAACAGUAAUGUAAACUACAUGUGAUGUGUAGCAACUAGAUUAGGACAUGCAAAAACAUUGAUACUGUGUGCUCUGUUAAGUGCUGAAAUAUGAAUAUGUGUGUGCCACUGCUGUGAUUUGGAAAUAUGACAAUAACAAACCACUGAAGGUUGCACAGAGUUCAGUUUUACACCCAACGUAAACUGAGGAACAACUUUGUAAUCUCACGCCAACGUUUAUUUAUUCCCUGUAUGUCUAAAUCCUUGACAUGUAGCAUCAUAAAUAUCUCACUCAUACACACUGACAGACUUUAGAGGGAUAAACCUGUGGCUUUAAAUGUGUGUGUGCAUGCAUGCAUGUAUGUGUGUGUGUGUCUGUGUGUGUGUGAGAGAGAGAGAGAGAGAGAGAGAGCAACCAAGUGUGUAAGUCUUGGUAUUUGUGAGAAGUGUGUGAGGAAUAAUUAUCUGUAUACCAGAUUGAUCAUAACUGUCAACGAGUGUUUGAAUGUAAAGAUGUAUCAUAAUUAGCUAUUUCUGAUACGGAGAGUUAUUUUUAUGUGAGUAUUUUCUUCCUUUGUGUUAUGAUCGGUUUAUUCUGGCGUUUUAGUCAGACGUGCUUAUUUAAAUAAAAAUAUUGCACAGUA